CCCCGCUCCGCCCGGCCCGGCCCGGCCCGGCCCCCACGCUCUGCGCUCGGGGGCGCUGCCGCUGGCCACGGACGCGGGAAUCCCAUCGGGAGGAUCUUGUUUGUCGCCAGCAUCUCCAGGACGUGGGGAUGUCUGCAUUGGAUGUACUGUGUCUUGCAAAGCCAAAAGACUGGAGCCGUUUGAAGAUUAUGUAACAGUAAAGGUGCAGAUACCCUUUGGAAAGAGGAAUAAUGGGCCCAGGCAUUCAGGAAUAUCCCUUAUUACUGCACAGAGAGACACAGCAGAAGGAAAGCCACAGCCACACCUAUGAAAGCCACAAAGGAAUGGUAAAUAAUGGAAAAAGCCAUCCAAGCACCAAAGGACUAAAUAAACCAAUUUCUUAUGUGAAAUCUCCUCCUGGAAGAUUAGGCAAAAAUGUAUCAAGUGCCAUUGAAAAGAUUUCCCAUGACACUCAAGAUGGUCACCAACCAAGUGGUUUUAAGAAGGGAAGGAACCAGCUGGAUGGCAAUAAUCAGUCAAAAAGGAUCCCAAGUGUUUGCAGCUCACUGCACAGUGCACAAGGACCAAAGAGGAGUCCCUCAGAAAGAAGGCAGAAUGAAUCCUUCCUGCACAGGAGUCCCCCAGAAAGAAGACAAAAUGAAUCCUUCAUGCACAGAAGUUCCCCAGAAAGAAGGCAAAAUGAAUCCUUCAUGCACAGGAGUCCCCCAGAAAGAAGGCAAAACGAAUCCUUCAUGCACAGGAGUCCCCCAGAAAGAAGGCAAAACGAAUCCUUCCUGCACAGCAUCCCCUCUGGCACAAAGGGCAGCACACAAGAAAACUUCUGUAGGGUUAAGGAUGUCCCAGUGCAGCAUUUUUAUUGCAGUAAAAAAGAACAGAUGGGAAAGAAUCAUGAAGAAUACAUUGCUGAGGCCAGUCCAGGCUCUUCAAAAUGGCAAGAAGCAUCUGUAGGUGAAAUGUUUCUUGAUUUUGAAUCAGUACAGAUUAUUAAAGAAGAUGCUGAAGAUGAUAGUGCCAGUGACCUCUCUGACUCAGAAAGGAUCCCCAUUCCCCCCUCGCCCUGCACACCACCAGAACUCAUCCUCAGAGCUGAAGAAAUCGACCCAGUUUGUUUGGAGCACAUCCCUGAAAUGGGAUUCAAAGAAUCCGAAUAUUACUACCCCGACUUCCUCCCACCCCCUUUCAACUCGUGGGACUUGAAGCAGCUGGCCAUCCUUGUCCACGUGGAAGGGAAAUCUGAUUUCCACCCCAAGCCCACGGGAUCCCUGGAGAAAUACAUCGAGCGCCUGGUGCAGCUGGAGUGGCUGCAGAUGCAGACAGUGCAGAGUGAGAAGGGCAGGGCCACCAAAGGCCGGCCCCAGACUGCCCCUGGCCCCAGCCGUGCCCUCAAGAGCCCUGGAAAAGGCAAAGCCCUGCUCAGCCCUGUGCCCAGCAGGCAGGCAGUGCCCCAGGAAAGUGUCAGCAGGCUGCCCAGGAGCUGUGUGGGUCACAGGGCAGAGCUGUGCUCUGAGGACACUCGCCAGGUGCGUUCCCAUCCAGGUCACCCGAAGCUUCCUGAGAGAAUGGCAUGUGCAGCAUCUUCUCAGAGGCAAACUGGUGAUGGAAGGAGUGAACUGAGAAAGAAACCAGCUGCAAAGCAGCAGCUUCUCAGUCUGCAGCCCCCUGAGAGCAGCUCUAAAAUCCAAAGUGUUGGUAACAUCAGACCCCCUAAGCAAAGCCCAGCACCCCAUGGUGCAGCUGCUCCCAUCAAAGGCUUAAAACCAUACAUGUGUACAAAUCCAAAGAAAAAUGGCAAUGCCAGCAAUUAUGUUCCUCCUAAAAAACCAACAGUGGACAGGAAAAUAAAACCAAAUGGGACAAAACAAACACCACGCAAAUUUCAAUGAGGGAAAACUCAUUAGUGAAUGUUGAUGCUUCUUGACUGCUAGAAAGCAUCUGGCCAGUGCAGAAGGAUCUUUUUUUUCUUCAUAGGAAGAUCCUGAGAAAAACGUUCCUGACACGUGGUUCUGAGUCAGCACUGUUCAUUUCUAUAGAUUUGAUCUUAAACCAGCAGGAAAUGCUCUCCUGGAAGGCAAGUGUCUUCCACUGGUCUUUCCUCAAAAAUAUUUGUAAUUGCUCAAUGAAGAUAACAAUAGCACAGUGGGAAGUUUAGAGAAGUAUAGAAUGUCCUGUCUGCACCAGCUGAAGUCUGAGUGUUCCCUGUACUCACCCUGCUGGGUGUGGGGGAAUAGGUCCAUGCUCUUUCUCCUUGCCCAGAUGUGCUUUUGGUAAGACAGGUUUGAUUGUGGUGUUUCUGUAAAAUAAUGCAGCCUGUUAUCUAUGCAAAGUCAACUCUAAUUCUUCACAAAAGAUGAUGAAUUGGAUUUUUUGGAUGAAAUAGAUAUUAUUUUUUUGAGAAGAAGAAGAAUGGAGAUAAUGUUUUGAAAUAUUUUAAUGCAGAAAGAAUUCUUUUUAAGACUAAGUAUUAGGGACCAGACAGCUUCAAUAAUGACAGUUUAAGAAAAUGGAAUGUGUAUUUUUAUACCCUGGAAUCUUCACUGUGUUUACAAACAGCUUUCCUGGAAGUUAAUUUUGUAGGCCUUGAUGCUUUUUGUCAUUUAGGGGAAAUGAGCAAAUUUCAAAUUGCACAUGGAUAUAUUUAAGUAAUGCAAACUAAGGCUUUUAGCAGAGACUGUAUGGCCUAGUUUCAGAACUGGUUACCUCUCAAAACAUGAAAACCAGACUCUUAGGGGAAGAAUUUAAAGGGUGUUGUAAGUUCAGGUAAAGAUAUAUUUUGAUACAGAAGAUAUCUAUUUUUAGUCACCUAAGGUGACUCUUAUUUAUUCUGUGGUCCAGUUUAGCUUGGCUUCUUAAGGUUUAGGGAGGUGAUGUGGGGAAAUAUCCUACAGAAAGAAAUUGUUACAACCAGGAUCAGGUCCUGUCCUUGGGCCUUCUGUCUUCUCUUGUGUCUGUGAGAUACAGGAGAAUACAAAGGAGAGUUCAGAGAAUAUUCAAGUGUCACUUGAUCUGUUACAAUUUCAAAUCAGUCACAGCAGCUGGGACAGGAUCUUGUUAAGAUGAAAUUCUAAAGAAUGUUUUUUGCUUUCGCUUUAAAAUCCUGGCCAGUGUGUUUUCCUCCUCAGCCACCAGUCCCAAUCAUAAUGAGAAGUGAGCUGAGGUCUGAUGGACCAGAUUCUGCAAGUGGAUCCUUCACAUUGUGACAGGAAAUGAAAAAGUAGCAAAUACUAAAGAGUACAUAAUGUAUAUAGCUAAAUUGCACUUCUCUUGGUGAGCUCAUCUUGGUUUUAAGAUGCUUAGCUGUUUCUUUCAUUGUGCCUACCAGAUCUUCAGCUUUGUAAAAUUUCAAAGCAUGAAUUUAUAUGUAGUUUGAAAAGUGAGAAUAUUAAGAAAUGUAGUAAUAAAGUAGAGUAUUUUACAGUACAUAAAAACAUUGCUCAGGAAUAGUCUAAGAAAUAUUUUUAGUGUUUUUUUCCUCAUCUACUGGAGACCAAAUGUGAAAUUUUGAAUCGGUCAAGGAAACAAAUGUAACAGACAGUAUUACAUUUGCAGAGUCAGUAUUUGUAAAGCUACACUUAAUCUGAAUUGUAGUUGCAUGUACAUUCAGCUCUAUGCAAUUCAAGUGAAACUGAGUGUGAGAUGCUCAAAGCCCAGAGGAGUUGGCUGUGUCAGAGGUGUGGUGGCACUCAGGAUGGCACUGAACACCAGCAGCUGCAGAGGACCAGCACAUCCCAGUGGUGCUGGCUCACCCUUGUGUUUUGGUCCAGCUUCAUGUAUUUCAGCUUUUUUAGAUGAGAGAUUCCUGUACCCAGUGUUAGUAUUUCAAGCUCUGGGCCAAAUUCUGCAAGCCUGCCUUAGCCAAGUUUUCCUGAUUGACAUAAACAGUAGUGAAAAACAGGAGAGCUGCUUUGGCAUAAUCAGGAUUUUAAUGCACUGCUCUAGUUCACUGUACAAGCACCAAACUUGAGGUGAGAAGGAUCCAGGCAGUAAUCAGAAUAGCAAAUUUUUACAACAAAUUCUGUUAGAUGCAGGGAAUAAUUUAGCAUGUUGUUAUAGCAUUGAAUAUUGCUGAAUGCCAAAUUUUCUAAAGUGAAGUUUGUUGUAAGGAGGGCAUGUAGAUAGAGGCACAUUUUGCAUGAUCACUUCUUUCAGAAUAAAUAAACCCCAUUUCAAAAUCAGCUGUGACCAGAGCAAAGGAGAUUGGCACUGGGAAAAGUAUUUUGUCACAGAGGUGGGAAAGUUUUAAUCUAGUGUUUGUCAUCUUAUGGACACCAGUCUGUCAUUGGAGACUAAAAAGUGAAGCAGGUGGAGGUGGUGAAGUCACUUUAAAGAAAUCUGAAAACUUGUUUAUCACUGGGCUCUGUGUGGGAUCUGGCCAAGUAAGUUUGUCUCACAUGAUAAUCACCCCAGUCUCAUUUCUGGCUUUGAUUUGAUACUUCUGUCAUGCUUGGUUCACACACAGAAACAGAAAUUCUGUGUUUGCCUCAGCAAACAGCUCCUGGCCUGAGCAGGGCUGGGUUUUAUCCUGUUUCCAUUUUAACUUCACCAUGUUCUGGGCCUACAGAUGAAAAGAGCUCCUUUUAUGAAGAGGACUAUACUUUAUAUGUAUUUCAUUUUAUAUUGCUGGGUAUUAUCUUUAGAAGCACUUCUGAACUGAGCAGAAAAAUUUAUUCCAUCAAGCACAUUCAGUUUAAAAUUCAUUACUUAAGAUACUUCCACAGCACCAUGUUUGUAUGGCUGUUAGCCUUUUUUAAUGAGGUUUAGCAAUAUGAUCAUGUGGAUCUAAGCCUAGCACUGGUGAUGCUUCUUGAAGAACAGAUUACUGUGAUGUGAGAUAUUUAAACAGAGUGAUUUAUUUUUUUUUCUCUAGAGAAUGUAAAUGUUUAGUGUUCUGUAGGUAUUACCUACAGAAGAAAUAUGCUCAGGUUGUAUUUUAAAUAAACAGCCAGACUCUGCUUCAGUUGCAUGAGUAAAAACUUUGAACAACUCAGUUAUUUUCAAUGAAAUGUCCCUGUUAGAAGAUGUAAAGAAACAGAAUUUCCCUCCAAUAUGUAUAAACUGUUCUCCUCGGCAAUGCUAAUGUAUUUUUUGUGCAUCACAUGAAAAAAUUUACAGCAAUACAGUUUUUCUCUUGCCAUGUUCCUGUUUUCUCCCUUGCUUGCAUCUCCUGCUGAGGGCAGGAACAUUUUCCCAGCUGGGUCUCUUGGACACAGCAGGACAAAGCUGCAGGGAGGCUGUGCUGGAUCCACCAGGCUGAGCUGCCCUGUGUGACUGCAGCCCCUGAGAUCUGCUCGUGUCCUUCCUGUGUUUCAUUCAUUGUUGUUUCAGGGAACUUUCACCUUGUGUUUGCUAUUUAAAGGAUCUUGUUAGAAUUCGGAACUUUGUCCGUUUUUUCAGCAGUAUGUGCUUUUUUUUUGAGCUGAUAUUUUAAAUUUCUACAGUAUGGAAUUGAGUAGAAUGUACUGUUUUUUGCCUUAUUUUAAAGGUAUUGAGCCUUUGUUGCUCCCAUUACAUUCGUGGUUUUUCAUCAGAAAAAUAAACAGACCACGCUGGAAGGAUUGAAUUUGAUUUCCUGAGGACUUGCAGACCAGCUUUUGAUGUUGGUAUUCAUGGAUUCUUAUUUAUUUGAAUUUUUGUGGAUAUUUUUGCUAGUAGUUCCAUGGGAACGCGAUCUUCAAAGCUAUGGUUGAUUUGCUACAAUAAAAGUGAUAUUCUGCCCUG